AUGUUUUCCUCUCCCUUUACAGAGGCUGCUAUUGACCCCCCUAAGACACCUGACAGCGAACCUUUGUUUACAAAACUGCGCAAUCCAAGCACAGGGGAAGCAACCCUUUACUUGUUUAAUAGUGGUGCACAGCAGCUGUUUGAAGUAAAAGCUUUUAAUGAGGAAUAUCGUUCCUGGUUUAUAGGUCAGACUGUUCAACAAGAUGGGCGCCUGCUGUUUGUUACACCGAUGGACCCCUUAUUUCUGGUACUUUACUACCUCAUAAAGGCAGACAAGGAGCAGCAAGGAAAGUUCCAGCCACUUGAUCAAGUUGUGCUAGACUCAGACUACCCUAGCUGCCCAUUGCUGCUGAAGUGUGCAGAUGUUAAACAAUACAUACAUCAUGUAACAGAAGAAAAAGAGUUUGGCAGUCAAAAAUUCCACAAAUACAGCCAAGAGAAGACACUGAAGUGGUUAAAGAAAAAGGUCAAUCAAACAGUGAAAGCACUUAAAAGCAACAAUAUAUCUGUAGGUGAAAGGGUAUAUGCACCUACGUUUGUCAGCGGUAAACAGAUCACAGAUACUGAAGAAGACUAUGUACGGUAUGCCCAUGGGUUAAUAUCAGAAUAUAUUCCUGAAGAUCUGAGUAAGGAGUUGUUAAAAUACUUAGGGCUCUCAGAACUUAAAAGCCCAGCACCAGAGCCGCCACUGAAGAAAAGGAAAUUAUCAGAUGUCCCUGUGGAAGCAGGAGAAGACUAUACUAAGUUUAACAGCAGCAAUCUGAAAACCAAAAAGGCAAACAGCAAGAUGUCUGCAGCACAGAAGGCUCUGGCCAAAGUUGAUAAGAGUGGAAUGAAAUCCAUUUCUACUUUCUUCAGCUCCAAGCCUAAAGCAUCAAAAUAAAGACUUGUUCUUGAAAGAGUUUUAUACAGUGGUUAUUUUUAUGUUAAGCUAAAGAUGUCUCCUGGGUUUUUUUGUUAGUCUAGUAUAUGCAGGGCAUGUCUGUCUACAUGGUGGAGUGUGAU